AUGGGUGACUGGAGCUUUCUGGGGCGACUACUAGAGAACGCACAGGAGCACUCCACAGUCAUCGGCAAGGUUUGGCUGACGGUGCUGUUCAUCUUCAGAAUCCUGGUGCUGGGGGCCGCAGCAGAGGAGGUGUGGGGUGAUGAGCAGUCCGACUUCACCUGCAACACCCAGCAGCCUGGCUGCGAGAACGUGUGCUACGACAGGGCCUUCCCCAUCUCGCACAUCCGCUUCUGGGUGCUGCAGAUUAUCUUCGUGUCCACGCCCACCCUCAUCUACCUGGGCCAUGUACUGCACAUUGUGCGCAUGGAAGAGAAGAAGAAAGAGAGGGAGGAGGAGUUGCUGAGGAGAGAAAACCCGCACCUUGAGCAGGGUCAGGAGUCUCUAGAUGGGGCUGGCUCUCAGGAUAAGACUGUGGUGCGUGAUGACCGAGGCAAGGUGCGCAUCGCUGGGGCGCUGCUGCGGACCUACGUCUUCAACAUCAUCUUUAAGACGCUCUUUGAGGUGGGCUUCAUCGCUGGGCAAUACUUUCUGUAUGGCUUCCAACUGCAGCCGCUCUACCGAUGUGACCGGUGGCCCUGCCCCAACAUGGUGGAUUGCUUCAUCUCCAGACCCACCGAGAAGACCAUCUUCAUCAUCUUCAUGCUAGCGGUGGCCUGUGCCUCUCUUGUACUCAACAUGCUGGAGAUUUACCACUUGGGCUGGAAAAAAUUCAAACAAGGAGUGACUGAUCAUUUCGGCCCAGACACCUCCGAAUCCAAGCUGGUGGCCGCAGAGCCAUUGCCACUCGCUUCCCGCCCACCCACUGUCACUAUUGGAUUCCCACCUUUAUACACGCAUUAUGCCUCUCCCCUGGGACAGGCAGGCGAAGCAGGGUACCCCGGAGCCCCGCCACCAGCAGCAGACUUCAAAAUGGUAGCAUUGAAUGAGUCACAAGGGAAGGGCCACCCUGCCAAGCUCUACAAUAACCAACACCUGUUGAUGACAGAGCAGAACUGGGCCAACCAAGCGGCUGAGCAUCAGACUCCGGCGCGGAAAGCCUCCUCCGCAGCGUCCAGUCCCGCAGCCCCAAGCCCCGCAGCCCCAAGCCCCGCAGGCAGCAACAGCCAGCGGCUCCCACCGGAGGCUGGGCAGGGGGGCACCGCACCCCAGCUGCUGGAGGACCGGAGCGGCAGCAGCUUGGAAGAGAGUGCCUUGGCUGUGACACCCGAAGAAGAGGAGCAGGCCUUGACCACCACAGCAGAGAUGCAUGAGCCUCCCUUGCUCCUUACAGACCCAGGAAGGUCCAGCAAGGCCAGCAGUGGGCGGGCCAGGCCAGGUGACUUGGCCAUCUAG